UGACGUGCAAAAAAAAAAAUUUGAUAUGCUCAUAUAUAAACUUUAUUGCCUUAGCUACUCUAUACAUGUUGAGUUACAUUGAAAUAUAUGGGUAUAUUCCUGAAAUCUAUCCCAUAAAUUGGGAAAAUCAUUCCCCAUCUCUUUAUGGGCACGGUUUAAUCUCAUUCUAUCUGAAUCAAUGUGUAUGCUAUCAAACGUGCUAAUAAUGCGGUUUCAACUGUUGAUGUGAUGAAGACUAUAGCAAGUCGAUAAAAUAACUUUCUCAUAGUAACUACCAGAACCAUAUGAGUAUCCUGAUAUAGAAUAUUGCUAUCACGCUAAAGGUGCAAGCGGAUUAUAAAGAGCUUACAUAGAUAAAGAAAUUUACGUUAAAUGUAAGAAAGCAUCAUACUCCAUAUGUGUGGUACGUGCAAAAUAUUCUAAUACACUUUACGAAUAUCAAGUUUCCUCUACAAUUGUCGAGCAUCAUUUGAGUUGCGGUGCACAUUGUAUUUUUAGCUAUUAAUGCUUAGCCACAAUAUUGGUUCACCAAUAUCGCUUUUUAAUUUUCUAACAGUAAACGGAAUAUCAAUAUACAAAAAAAUGGAUAUGCUUCAUAUUUAAAUACAAUAUUAAAAUGGAACCAGUUCGUUUUGGGGGAAAAAAAUACCUUUUUCGAUGUAAUUAAUAGAGAUUAUGUUUAUUCAGUGGCAAUAAAAUAUGCUAUUUUCUGUCUCGAAUUUUGAAACCCUUUUUGUCGCAUCUUCAGGAGCGGUUUCACAGCCUGAAACAUUAAGCAUGGGAGUGAAUGUUUACAUUUAAAAUGAUUCAAAGUGGAAAUUGCAUUUAUGGGUCCUCAUAUUAUUUCAUAUGACUCGUCUUUAAAUUUAUAUGAAGACAAAAAGUUCUACCAUGACGUAGUCGUUAAGGCUGAGAUUGUCAUUAUUUUAUGAAAUAAAUUUCUCUAAAAAAAAUGUAUCUUACCAAUAAACAUCUAUAUGUUAAAAUAAUAAUAAUAAUACUUUGUUCCUGAAUAUCUCAAUAGACUUUCAUGGCAUCUAAGGGGAUUAUAUACAAAGAAGCAACCCCUGUAUUUUCUGUUCUUUUGAUUGAUCAACCAGUAAAAACAGGUACAUAUGUAGCGAUAAAUAACUAAUCAGUCAUACUUUAAUGGUGGAUUUGUCAUUCCAAGUGGUGGGCAGUCUUGUCCCCUUCAAAAUUAUCAGACUGUAAAUUACGCACUCUGUGAUAAACUCCGAGCUCACUGUGAACGUUUCGAAAAAUGAAUACUUUAAGAUGUGCAAAAAAAAAAUGACAUGCUACAAUCAUAAAAGAAACCCAUUAUACGUUAGUGCACUAGCAUAAUGGUUGGCAUACGCUAUGAACUUAUUAUUCCUCGAGUAGGUGUGAAAUAUAAUCUACAAGAUGUUAUUGUAGAGAGCUUUGUAAAUCUAAUAUAUGCCAUAUAUAUCAUUCGCAAUAGUAGAAACUUCUUUAGUGAUGAAACCUCCUUUGAAAUGAUACAUUUCCAAGUUUUAUUCCCUUAGUUUUAUCUUGACUCGCAAGCGACUACCAGAAUAAGGAUCGUUCUUUCGUCUCUUCUGUGAGAAUUUGACAAUUAAAUUUUCUAUCAAUUCAAUAAAUAUUUAAGCCUAUAUUUUUAAGAAUGUCAAAAACAAAAAAAUAUGUCGGAAUCGAAUAAUAGUAGAUACACAAUAAAAGAAACAGUAUUAAGCUCCAAAUAAAAUCAUCAUUUGAGGCUCAAUAUUAUGCUAAAAUCUUGUAUAGAUAAUUUUUGAAUCCAUAAAGUUUUUACUCACUCUUCUUUUCUGCAAUCUUUUUUCGCUGUAGAUAAUAAAUAUUAUUACUACAGAACCUCUUUUAAAUGGUCGCACGUAGUCGCUGUGUUUGUCGUGGAGUUUUCCACAAUGCACCCACUGUUUACCCCUUCACAAAACCGUUCCACGAUACACCGUAUGAUCAAGACCGCGGACGAUUUGAUACUACUAAGAAUAUUUUAAAACAAAAUGAAUGGCCAGUUUGGAUGGAUCAAGGUGCCGAUGGUACUGGCUUUGGGAUCGGUCUUCACCGCGCUCACCCUUUGUCAAAGCUACAAGGAAAUCUAAGCCGUAAACCAAGUGAAGUUCCACGAGUUUUAGCUAUGAUGAUUCAAGGAGUGUGGCAUAAAAGCGGGACCAAAUUGUAUUUUAGAGGAGGCAAACCGCCAAAUCCAAGCAAACAUCCAUACCUAACCGGUGAACCGUGUCCGGUGUACGGUUGGAAAGUAACCGAUCCUUUAGUAACUCGAGAAUUCGAUUUCCCACAUAUAGAACAAGACCAAAUGCGUUACAAGCCAUAUGUGGCUUUGCAAGAACGUAAGGUUGAUGGGAGUGAUGUAGCUGAUUCGAAAGCAAAUUCUCUGAAACCAUUAUCACAGGAUGAUAGUAGCACCAAACCCUUUGUGAAACGCCUAUUUUUUUGGCAAUGACAUAAAGUAACAACUUUGAAUACAAAA